CCACAUCCUAUUCUCCGUUUUCGAGGAUAAUAUCUCAGACAACGUUACCUGGGGCAGCUUGCGAUGACAGACCUGGCGCCACCUACUUUCCUCGCGCAUCUGAAGUCCUUGUAUCCAUCUAGCAAGGCGGCCCUCUCCUCGUCUGCUGAUGUCUUCAAGAAUCCAUGGUACAUUGUGGCGUCAUGCUCGUUCAGCACCGCUAAUAGGCCCGAGACCAUUCCCCUGAUAUUCAAGCAUGUCUUCUCUGAGCUUGAGAAGGCUCAGGCAGACUUCGGUGUGUCAAAGGAGCAAGCACAUAAUGAGAAACUGUUACUAGCCCGUAAGAUGAGGGAUUGCUUGUUUAAAUCUGGUAUGGUGGCUGGAUAUUCCAAGGCUAUCAAUGCACUGGUAUCUCUUUCUGAGGUCACGCCCGAUGAGCUUCGGGACACGAAACCUCUAAGAGAUGCCCAGCCGAUGCAGGUGUAUGAGGAACGAGGAAAGGCCUUUUUCAAGUCCUUGUACGGAGAAACAGGCGAUAAUGUGCAGGGUCUUCUUGACAAGAUCUCUCCAGACAUGGGCAUGUUCAGCCAGAACGUUGCUUACGGCCAUGUGUACGGUUUCCUCGAGGUGACCGACCAACUGGAGACUGCGUACACGCUGGUAGGUACACUCAUCGCUGGUGACACACCUCGUCAGAUAAACUGGCACUUGGACAACGCGCGCCGAAGUGGUGCCUCAUUGGAGGACGCGAAGGCCGUCCGGAGGAUUGCCAUGGAGGUUUCAGAGGCUGCAGGUGUAAAGUGGAGGGAUGGCGUACCGGAUGUAAAGGAAGGCUGAAAGUACUGAACUUCGAGCAAAGGGCGGUACUUUAGAUGACUGCAGUAGAAUCUAUUCGGAUAUUUGUAUGACCCAGAUGGCCUAGUACACAGUACGGGUGAGACAGCACCGAACUGAAGUCAUUGUACUCAAAUCUACAGUAUGCUUG